UCCUUCUCCAUCCAGCCAUUGCCAAUCCCCACCUCCACCUCCGCAGUCUCCUCACACACACACGACAUAUCUUCCCCCCACAUCUCCAGCCUCUCUCAGCGCAACCACCCCAGUGCCAAGGCAGGCAUGGACGCUGUAGAGUCCUCCUCACCAUACUCGCCGCCCUCACUGCGCCACAAACUGCGGACCACGGUAUGCGGCUGCUUCGGCUCGCCGUCCUCUCCAGGCAGCGGCGGGGCGAGGCCGCACACCGGCGGCGGCAGGCCCAGGUGGAGGAGGCCCGUGGCGGCCGCGGGGGAGUUCCGGUACGACCCCCUGAGCUACGCGCUCAACUUCGACGACGGCGGCAGCGAUGACGGCGACGCCGACGCGGAGGACGCCGCCUUCCGGCACAGAAACUUCAACUCGCGCCUGCCUCGCUCGCCGGCGCCGGCCUCCCGAACCGUCUCAAUCGCCUAAACUGAAUUGUACUCUAGUAGCGAUCGUCCUUUUUAACUUUUGUAGCUUCCGUCUCUCUGAUUUUCCUUCUUCUCUGAGCGAGACUGAAUCACUACGUCUGUAAAAGCAGUUUAUACGGCAUCAUCAUGUACUUAUACAUAUAAGAAUCAAUCAGGUCAUUUUAAUUUUCCAACAA